AUGAAUAUAUCAUAUUAUCUUUUAUGUCUUGAAACUAUAUCUAAAGGACUCAGGAGUGAAAAAGCCCAAGUUUUGCUCGAUCGAUAUAGAAAGGCGAGUACUGGUACCGGCCCUGUUGGAGCUCAAACAAUUCCUCGAGGUUGUUUGAUGUUCAAGGAUCCUAAACCCGAAUGCAAAAUUGCACGAAACUGGGAGGCGGAGCGCGUCAAGAAACAAAUUCAUCUCCACAAUCCGACAUUCGUUGACCAAGGUAUUGGAACUAUAAGUGGCGGGACAUCUGGAACAAUAAAUGGGCUCAUUUUUGAAUCCCCAAAGAGAAAAAUCCCGGUUCCUGAAAAUCAGAAUCCACUUGCCGAAUCUUUUAGGAAUUAUAUGUUGACCAAAGAAGAAACUAAGGAUAAUUCAGUUUCAAAUUCUUCUAAAGAACUUUUCAAAUUUUUCAACAAGUUACUCGUUGGUCAACCAACUGUUCCCGAAUUUGAUCACAUCGAUUAUUAUUGUUUUUCUAUUGUUAAAUUAAGAGAUGGAUCUGCUACUUAUUUAGGAUUUUAUGAUAAAUGGUAUUUAUUAAAUAAGAUAGAAGUUGUCUCACCUAGAAAUAAAAACAGUGGACACCUUUUUAGAAUUAGAAAUCAAUCAAAUGAAGCUACUGAGAUGCAAGUUUUAGAAGGAUUGGCAUACAAUGAUAAAGAAACUGCCAUAAAAGCAAAAGGAAAAAAAGAUUAUAACGCAGCUGCAAGUUCAUUUUUAUCAGCAGCAGAACGAUUCAAAAAAGUUAAUGAUGAUUCAAACCUUUUGGAAGCUGCAAUUUGUUAUGAAAAUGCAUAUAAAGCUCUUCAACAGACAAAUCGAAUAGAUAAGGCACUCAACGUUUUAGAAAAGGCAGCCAUAAUUUAUGAAUCAAAUAUUAGACAAAAUAUUCGUGCUGCUAGAACGUAUGAAAUGCUUGCUGAACAACAUAAAAAGAUUAUUAAUCCUAAUAGAGACUUGGAGAAGGCGAUAGCUAAUUAUCGAAAAGCUGCACACCUUUAUGAAUUAGAGGGUGACAGUCGUUAUAUAUUUUCACUUAAAUCACAAGCAGAAUUAUCCGUAGAAAUUGGACAGUAUGAACAAGCAAUAGCAUUAUUUGAUAUUAUAACCGCAUUUUCGGAAAAUGAUUCAUUACUUUGUUUUAAAGUCAAAGAUCAUGUUUUUUGGCAAUGUUUAUGUAUGAUUGGAUUAGGGGAUUGGGUUAGACUUGAAAAAAGAUUAGGAGAAUUUGCUGAGCAAUAUCCUUCGUUUGCAGAAAGUCGAGAAUGUUCUUUUAUUCACAACUUGAUUAAUGCUAAACAUACAUUUGAUGCAUCUGCUUUUGCAACAGCUUGUAAAGAUUACGAUCAAAUUUCAAAAUUGGCACCAGUUCAUACUAAUAUCCUACUUCAAGCUAAAAAAGAAUUAGGAAUAGAAGAUUUACGAUAA